AAAAGUUUUGAACGCCUCAAUUCAGUACUCAGUACUCACUUGUCGGUUAAUAGGUGCGAACGUUCGAUUGAGGAAGAUAUACUUUCGCUAGUUUUCGUGAACCAUUACCCACCACGCCAAAGGUCAAAAUGACUCUAAAAUAUUACUAUGAUCUAUUGUCACAGCCUUCACGAGCCCUGCUCAUUAUUUUGAAAAUGAGUGAUACACAAUUUGAAGACUGCCCAGUGGCACUACGAAAUGGUGAACACCUAACAGAGGAAUUCAAAAACGACGUUAAUCGCUUCCAAAGGGUACCUUGCAUUAACGAUGACGGUUUUAAAUUAGCAGAAAGUAUUGCCGUACUAAGAUAUUUAAGUGCCAAAGGAAAAAUUCCAGAACAUUUGUAUCCUAAGUAUUUUGUUGAACAAUCACGUGUGGAUGAGUUUCUUGAAUGGCAGCACAUAACCUUGCGCGUUACUUGUGCUUUGUAUUUCCGCACAAUUUGGCUACAGCCUCUAUUGAGCGGUGUAAAGCCAUCACCACAAAAAAUUGAAACUCUACGUGGCCAUAUGGAACAAAAUUUGGAUAUUAUAGAAAACGUUUGGUUGGAAAAAACUGAUUUUUUGACUAGUAAUAAAUUAACUGUUGCCGACAUUUUCGCUGCCUGUGAAAUCGAACAGACAAGAAUGGCUGACUAUGAUGUACGGAUCAAGUAUCCAAAAAUUAGAGCCUGGCUCAAACGUGUGCGUGCGGGUUGUAAUCCACAUUAUGAUUAUGCACACCAAAUAAUCUAUAAGAUUACUGGCACCGGACCAAAUUCCAAACUGUAAAAACCAAAUGUGCUAAUAUCAUCUGUUAAUAAUGUUAAUAUUUGGAAAUAAAUUAAAA